CGAUUUCCGUUAGCAGCGGCGGGAAUAUCGCUGCUGGCUGCCGACUGCCGACUAGGCCUCUGUGGAAACGAAUCCGGCGGGAAUCUGAGCCAUCGGAGCCGCCACCAUGACUGUGGGUAAAAGCAGCAAGAUGCUGCAGCACAUUGACUACAGGAUGAGGUGCAUCCUGCAAGAUGGCCGGAUCUUCAUCGGGACCUUCAAGGCUUUUGACAAGCAUAUGAACUUGAUCCUCUGUGACUGUGAUGAAUUCAGGAAGAUCAAGCCAAAGAAUGCCAAACAGGCAGAAAGGGAAGAGAAGCGAGUUCUCGGUCUGGUGUUGCUUCGAGGAGAGAACCUGGUCUCCAUGACAGUAGAAGGACCUCCUCCCAAAGAUACUGGUAUUGCCAGAGUGCCACUUGCUGGAGCUGCUGGGGGGCCAGGUAUCGGCAGAGCUGCUGGUAGAGGAAUCCCGGCUGGUGUUCCCAUGCCCCAGGCCCCGGCAGGACUUGCUGGGCCAGUCCGUGGGGUAGGAGGACCAUCGCAGCAGGUGAUGACUCCACAAGGAAGAGGCACUGUUGCGGCAGCUGCAGCUGCAGCCACAGCCAGUAUUGCAGGAGCUCCAACUCAGUACCCACCUGGUCGUGGGGGUCCUCCUCCACCUAUGGGCCGAGGGGCGCCUCCUCCAGGUAUGAUGGGCCCUCCUCCUGGCAUGAGGCCUCCUAUGGGUCCCCCAAUGGGGAUCCCUCCUGGCCGAGGAACUCCAAUGGGCAUGCCUCCUCCUGGGAUGCGACCUCCUCCUCCAGGAAUGCGAGGUCUGCUUUGAUCCUCGCACAGCAUUAUGGCAGUAGUUUC